UUUCUUUGUCCCAUGCAGACUGAGCCCCUGCUCUAAUCUGGGUUAUCGGACCGUAAUCAGCUUAGCCCACUGCAUCUCUCCAGGCUGCUGCUGGGUGGGCACUUUGUGUUCGCUUUAUUCUGUCCAUGCCCACGCCGCCGCUCUCACGCGCAUGUAGACAGGCCUCUGGGGGGGGCACAGCGAGCUAACCCGGGGAAGUUCACUUUGGAGGAGCCCAACGGUCCUUUCCAUGGCUGAGAGUGGAGAGACGGGACCGUCGGGGGGAGCACCCGCCGCGGACCUUUACCCCAAAAAGAUACUGGAAUACAUGGAAGGCUUCCUCGUCUCCAAGACGGUGUUCUCGGCCUGCGAGCUGGGUGUGUUCGACGUGCUGCUGGCUGCGGAGCUCCCCCGCUCUGCAGAGGAGGUCAGUCAGGCGGUCGGAGCGAGUCUGGACGGCACUCAGAGACUGCUGGCCGCCUGCACCGGCCUGCAGCUCCUCAACACACACCAGGAAAACGGACAAGUGCUGUACAGUAACAGCGAGCAGGCCAGCGUCUACCUGACCCGCUCCAGCCCCGUGUCCCUCUACCAGUCCAUCCAGUACAGCUCCAGGACCAUCUACCACUGCUGGCACUACCUGACCGACGCUGUCAGAGAGGGAAGGAACCAGUAUGAAAAGGCUUUUGGAGUCAGCUCCAACGACCUGUUCCAGGCUCUCUACAGGUCUGAUGAGGAGAUGCUGAAGUUUAUGCAGUUGAUGAACUCUAUCUGGAACAUCUGCGGUAAGGACGUGGUCACGGCCUUCGACCUUUCGCCUUUCAACAUCAUCUGCGACCUCGGAGGCUGCAGUGGAGCUUUAGCCAAGCACUGCACGUCAGCCUACCCAGAAUGCACCGUGACGAUCUUUGACCUCCCCAAGGUGGUGCAGACGUCGAGGGAACACUUUGUCGCCGGGGCCGACGGGAGGAUAAACUUCCACGAGGGAGACUUCUUCAAAGACCCCCUGCCAGAGGCCGACCUCUACAUCCUCGCCAGAAUCCUCCACGACUGGACAGACGAGCGCUGCACGGAGCUUCUGAGUAGAGUCAACAGAGCCUGCAAACCCGGAGGCGGCGUGUUGCUGGUGGAGGCGUUGCUCCACGAGGACGGCUCCGGCCCUGUGACGGCGCAGCUCUACUCCCUGAACAUGCUGGUGCAGACGGAGGGCCGGGAGAGGACGGCUGCUCAGUACGCCGCCCUGCUGGCCGCCGCCGGCUUCACCGGCGUCCGGCACCGCCUCACCGGGAAGAUCUACGACGCCGUGCUGGGCCGCAAAGAGGGAUGAGGCCGAGAGCUCACACCACCCCGGGAAAAUGUUUUCCUCCUUUUACAAAAAAAAAAUGACAACAACAUAUUGUGUAUCAUCUCUGAACCACUCAGACCAAGGUCACUUGUCCGCCCAAUCCAGGAUACGGAUUGUAUCCUAUACAAAUUGUGCCUCCUUUUAAAUACAUUUAUUAUGUAAAUAA